CAGCUGCGAUUUCUUAAGUAGACAACUGGUGAAAGUUUUUUAACAUAAAAUUACGUAUGUUUGCUUGGCAUCUUCAUUUCAUUGCAAAAGCUGUGUACAGCAGUAUGGCGGAUUUUGCAGCCUGGAUACAGCGCCACCUGUCGAGGAUACAGGAAGACUUCGAUGAGGUUGACAAGGACAAGAGUGGGUCGCUGGACUUCCCCGAGGUCUGUAAUGUGUUACAGAGGUCAGGGUUCAAGGGAACACAGGAUGAGGCAAAGAGGAUAUUCCAGUCUCUGGAUGUGGACAAGAAUAACAAAAUAUCAAAAGAUGAAUUUGUGAAAUCUAUGGCCAACGUCCCAAAAAUAGACUUCAAACAAAUCGUACUUCGGCGAGCUUUCCGGAAGUUGGAUAAGGACGGAAGUGGAUUUCUGACACGUGACGAGAUUUUGGAUGCGGUUAGCAAUGAAGCGGAAAUUGACGUGUCCGCCGAAAAAAUCUCUGAGAUGCUCAUCUAUCUCGUCAAAGACGAUGACAAGAAGAUAGACUAUGAAGAGUUUUUGAAAUUAUGGAACGUAAAAUCUACAACACCCGUCAUGCGAUCACUGUUCCAGAAGUUGGACACAGACGGAAGCGGAAAGGUAGACCGGAAGGAGCUGUUAGAUGGUCUUCACAAAGACAGCGAGCUUCAUUUACAGGCGCCGAAAAUCGCGGACAUCCUGAUCAAAUGGAGCAAAAAUCACACGGGGCCUUUAUCUUACGAAGAAUUUCUCAAAGCGUACGAAAGUGUGUGAUAUACAAGGACCACACUUCUUCCAGAUAUGUAUAAACAUAUAUAAACAUCAUUGUUAUGUUGACUUUCAGAUUUAUUAUAUUGAUAUCUGAUCCAUAUAUACUAUGAUAAUGUAACUGUUAUUUGAAAUUACAUCGAAAAGAAAUGAGAGCUGUUUUGCAGUGCGUUUGAGGAUGUUUUGGGCCAGGUUCCUUUCUGGAAGACGAAACACUUAAUUUUGCUUAAAUUUCUUCUGUUUUGCAUUGAUUUCUGUGAAACUUGUGUAUUUAUACAAAUGCAUGUAUAUGCUGUUUUUUGUCGACGUCGAGAAAAGCUGAUUCAUUUUGCACGAUCUCAUUGAAAUUGAUUAAUAAACUUCAGAGAAACA